UCCGCAAAGUGUCAUGUGUCGCUGUAGUAGCGUAAUCGGUAUUUUAUAAUUUAUAUUUUCGUCGUCUUGUCACGUGAAACUGUGCGAAAAUAAACAUGAAAAAAUAAUUUCAAUUUAUGAUAAUUGUAGCGAGAGAACCGUAGGCAUGUUUUUCAUUUUUUUCCAACAGACGUUCUCACGCGUAUCUUGUAAUCAGGAACGUUUAUACACUUUCUACUUGCCUGAGGUUAUGUUAUAAAAAACAACAUUUUUUACUUGAAAAAUCAGUCUUUCAUUUCAUACAUUCUGCUACUUCCACUUUACGCUAUUUGCGGCAACUCGAUUUUUAACGUAAUGUUAAGAGGACCGAAAAAACGUCGCAAAAUCCUUAUCACCUGGAAAGAAAGGAGUUCUAAUUUUCAUCUCCACAACAAAUUGGAGCCUCGCUGAGAGAUGAACGCAGUCAUAGCCUUGUGUACUUUCUGUGAGAUGCAUGGCCCAAAAGUCAUUUUUACAACGCAAACGUAUAGAAGCUUUGAUAAUCAAAAUACAGAGAAAUUGAAAUUCUAUGGGCCAAAAGAAGUUUUGAGACAGGCACAGGCUUUAUUUUCUGAACUGCAACCGAAUUGCGAAGGCUGUCACAGUUUGGGUAAUCUUAAGUAUUUGAGCAAUGAACAUGAAACAAGAACAUCCUUUCUCUCUGCACAACAAUCCCUAAUGCAGGACAUUAGAGCUCUUCUCAAACAUGCAUGUAUAAGGAGUUUAAGUUGUGAAGUACAUCCAGGAAAAGAGGGUGUUUGUUAUUUUGGAGAUGAGUCAAGAGGUCAUGUUCUGAGUCACACUUUCUCUCUAAAAGAUGCACAAGCUAGAGGCUUGCGUAGAUGGUGUAGCUUUAUAGUUUUUAUGCGUGAUAAGCAAUUUUUGCUAAAUAUGUGGCCUUUCUUUGUUGACAAUUUAAAAGAAAUUAUUAGAGAGUUACAAGAUUUUGCUGAAAAGAAGUAUAAUGCUGAAGAAGCAGAAUGCCCACAGCGAGUUGUUCGUUUAUCAACCGCAAAUUGUGGACCAGGUCUACAAUCCAACACUAAUAAUAAACAGCCAAGAGCUCUGAGUGAAAUCACCAAUGAAAAACAUGUAUUUGUAAGAAUUCAUAUGUGGUUUGUAUGGAUAUUGAGUGCUGGAGCUAGACAUUUUGUAGAAAUAUUACCAAUGAGUCUACUGGAUGACGAAGUUAAUUUUAAUUUGGAACAUCUUGAAACGGAAGAAGGCUUUACUUUGGUCAAUGCUAAAUCUCCUAUUAAUCUAAGUGUGGAUUCACGAAUACCGGAUUUUAACGAGAUUUCAAAUUUGAAUCCUAUGACAGUACUUAGAAAUUUAAGACGAGCUCUUGGGCACAAUCAGUUUCGACAAAUUUUAUACGCCGUUUUAAUAGGUAUACAAAUUCUCGUUAGAGGCCCGCCUCUACAAACCCUAGAAUCUUUAUAUGGUUUGUGCUCACUUGUGCCAAGAGCAUGUCAGAGGGUUAAAACUCAUGCUCAGGAAUAUAUGGAUUCCAAUAUGUGUAACUUCAUUAGUGUAGAUACAUCCGUUGCUGUGCCUUUACCUUGCAGUCAAGUCUGUAGACUCGACAUUUUACCUGUUGAGCAUGCAGGAGACGACACGAGGACUCACGUCGUUAGAUGGACAGGCGUGCUUCCAUCGAAACUCCCGACUCUCUUAAUUAAAUUGGAGAAAUCGCUCGACAAUGAAAAAUUGGUCGACUCCGUUCUGAAGGUACAUUUUUCAACGCUGCAAGAAGAAUGGGCAAACAUUGCCAAAGUUGUUCACGCCAUGCACGGCCGAGGUCACCGAGGAGAUUUGACAAGUCUAAUGAUAAGCUUGGGAGCUGGUCCUCAGGACAAAAAGCUUUUGGAUGCCUGGUCUAUGGGUCUGCCGUCGAAUCCCGCGUAAUUCAGUGACGGUCGCGUCUUCGUUAUUUUUUCUCUAGUUUAAUAAAAUUAAGCAGUAUUUACUGUUGAAAAAUGAUAUUCACGGGGAUAUAUAUUUUUUGCGUUAAUUUUACCAUGUGUUCAAGGUUGUGCUAUUUUUUAUUUAUCCUUAAAUUAAAAUUAUCGAAUACACUAAGAAGAAGAAGAAGUCUAUUUUAUAUAUAUUGACGCGAAAGCGAUAUAUUAGCUGCGAGCAGCGGACUUGAAUAAAUUAUUUGAAACACUG